AUGCUGGACAGCCCACCAUCAAUCAAUCCUGCACACCCUCCAGGCACCUUUCCUGCCUCCCCUGGGUGUUUGCCAGGGAAUCCAGCUUAUCCUCCUGGUAAUGCUUUUGGCCCUGGGCUGCAGACAGGAUACCCAGGCUGCCCACCCCCAGAUCCCUGCCCACCUCCAGGUCACUACCCACCUCCUGGCCCUUGUGUGCCUCCUGGGGUAAUGGGACCAGGUAUGGUGAUAGAUAAGAAGAUGAGGAAGAAGAUGAAGAAGGCAUGCAAGAAAAUGCAUGAACAUCACAAACAUUGCAAGCAUUCUUCUUUGUCCUCCUCUUCCAGCAGUGACUUUGAGUGA